AUGGCCCCCUCCGCUGCGGCCCUGGCACUCUGCCUGGCACUGCUCCUCGCCCCACAAACGGACGGUGAGAAGCUGGCGAGCCCCACGCGCGUGCGCUUCGCCGCGGAGAUAGCGCAUCACCUGCUGCAGUGGGAGCCUGCAGACGGCCCCCCCAGUGAUGUCCGCUAUGAGGUGGAGCACAAAGUCUACGGCACAAACAUCUCCUGGACAGCCAUUCCCAACUGCCAGCAGAUCUCAGGACACUCCUGCGACCUGACGUACUACACCCUGGAUCCGGCUCUUCGCUACUACGCGCGGGUCCGGGCCGUGUCUGGGAACCGCACAUCCCCGUGGCAGCGGACCAACGCUUUCUCCCCGCGAGAAGCCAGCCUGCGUCUGUCGGGCCAGAGCCUCGCUGUGAUGGGCAACACCGUCCACAUGCAGCUGCAGCUGCUCCUCCGGGUGGGGAACCGCACCGUGAAAUACGACGACGUACAGAAGCACGCGAGGCAGUACCGGGUGUACGUCAGGAGGGCACAGGACAAUCGGACGUACGAAGUGGUGCAGACCACCCCGGUCUUCAACAUCAGCAACCUCUUCUGGGACACGGAGUACUGCAUCAGCGUGGAGCCCCACGUGGCCAGCCGGCGCAUCCGUGCCACGCGCACCCCCGAGCAGUGCGUCACCAUCGGCGAGAGAGACAGGAGUGCAGAGCUCGUUCCGAGCAUUGUCAGCUCCUCCUUCAUCACCCUGUUGCUCUUGGGGCUCCUCGGGGCUCUGCUGGUGUGCACCUACAUAAAGAAACCUGUGAGGCCACCAUCCGUCCUGAAGUCCUUCAUAAAGCAGAGCUCGCUCUGGGGGGAACAGGAGUCCUCAUCCUCGGGCAACCCGAAUGCAGACCCCAUCCAGCAGCUGUUCCUGUGCCAGAAGGAGCCGCCGCAGGACACCGUCCCCAGCAGCAACGGCACAGCCCAGCUGCCCCCAGACAAGGGCUGGAGGCUCCCAGCAUGGCCCCAGGAUGGGGUGUGCCUGCUGGGGCUGGGGGCCAUGGAGAGCGGAGACAGCAGCUGUACCAGUACCGACAGCGGCAUCUGCCUGCACACCCCUCCCUACUCCUCCGAACUGAGCUGCUCGGCAGGCACCGAGCCCCAGGGCUACAAGCCAGGCGAUGACAGUGGCGUGGGCUUGGGGAGCGCCUGCCCGCAGCCCCAUGGAGGGGAGCUUGGGCUGUCCCUCACCACCAGCCAGGACAGCCAGACAGACCUGGAGUUCCACGGGUACCUGCAGCAGUCCAAGGGUAUGGUGGAGCCCAGGCAGGACCCGGCCGUGGGGCUGCCCCUCUUGGGCAGUGCAGGAUCCCCACAGGGCCUGGGUAGCAUUGACACUGUGCUGGACAGAGAGUGCUCCGAGCUGCCUGUGGCCAAAGGGUAUUUGAAGCAGUCGCAUCCCGAGCAACCUUGCAGCCACGCACAGCAUCUCGCUCCGUGGGGGGCCCCACAGGACCCCACCACCUGGGACUUUUCCUGCCAGAUGGGGCCCCCAGCCCCCCUUCUGCUGAGCUAUGGGGCUCCGGGUGCUCCCUUGGCCCCCAAAGCCGGCCCCGAGCUCCUGAAAUCUCCCUUCGACCUGAGCAUCUUCAACACUGACCUCCUGGGGACACUGCCCCUCAUCUCCAGCCUCAGCACCAACGAGUGGCUCACGCUGCAAAUCAACCCCCUGAGCCUGCUCACCGGGGACAGCAAGGACAGCCGCCUGUGA